GUAAUUUUGUAAUAAAAAAUGUAAUUUUUGUUUUAGUGUUUGUUUGUUGUAGUGAAUAUUGUUUUAGUUGAGUUUAGUGAUCUUAUUAUCUAAACGGCAAUAAUUUUGUGAGUAGUAUAUUCAUACAGAAUCCGAACGCCGGUAAAGCUAAAGCUACUCUUAACGCAACACAGGAGAAACUGGCCGUGAGUGGAUCCAAAAUGGACAUGGAUUGCGAUGACCCUUCGAUAUUAGUAGGUGGAGAGAAGGACGAGGAUAAGAAUAAGAAGAAGAAGGGAAAGCAAAUCGUGGUGCUAUUGGUGGGCCCACCAGGUAGCGGCAAGUCCACUUUCUGUGACCACGUCAUGAGUUCCUCGUCUCGACCCUGGUCUCGCAUUUGUCAGGACACUAUAAAUAAUGGUAAGGCAGGAACCAAGCCUCAAUGCCUAAAGAGCGCAGUCAAUGCAUUGAAGGAAGGUAAAAGUGUGUUUAUUGACAGAUGCAAUCUUGACAAAGAACAGCGUGCUGAAUUUGUGAAGCUUGCUGAUUCCCAAAUAGAUGUCCAUGCUGUGGUUCUUGAUCUUCCUGCUCAGCUUUGUAUAUCGCGAUCUGUGAAACGGACUGCGCAUGAAGGUAAUUUGCAAGGUGGAAAGGCUGCAGCUGUUGUUAAUAGAAUGCUUCAAAAGAAAGAAUUGCCUAAGCUUUCUGAAGGAUUCUCGAGAAUCAUGUUUUGUCCGAAUGAAAGUGAUGUUCAAGCUGCAAUUGAUAUGUAUAGUGCGCUUGGUCCGUUAGAUAUUCUUCCUAAUGGUUCAUUUGGUCAGAAGAAGCCAGAUGCCAAAGUUCAACAGGGUAUAAUGAAGUUUUUAAAGAAAGUAGAUGCUCCUUCCAAUGUGGGAUCAAAUAUUGGUAGUAUCCAAGAUUCUGUAUGUCAGAGAAAGGAGUCUUCAUGCAAAGGGUUAGAUAAUGUGGCAGCAUUAUCUGCCACUACAAGUAAGGAGGUAAAAGAAAGUGAAGACCUGAUUAAAGGCUCCAUUUGCCAUGAUGAGGACAGUAUUCCCACUCUUGCAUUUCCAUCUAUUUCAACAGCAGAUUUUCAGUUCCACAAUGAGAAGGCAUCUGAUAUUAUUGUUGAAAAAGUUGAAGAAUUUGUUAAGAAGCUUGGAAAUGCUAGGCUUGUCCUAGUAGACUUGAGCCAAGGAUCAAAAAUUUUGUCCUUGGUUAGGGCUAAAGCUGCACAAAGGAAUAUCAGCACAAAUAAAUUCUUCACAUUUGUAGGAGAUAUUACUCAACUUCUUUCCCAAGGAGGUUUACGCUGUAAUGUCAUAGCUAAUGCUGCUAAUUGGCGACUGAAACCUGGAGGUGGAGGUGUAAAUGCUGCAAUUUACAGUGCUGCAGGUCCAGCUCUAGAGGUUGCAACCAAGGAACUAGCUACGUCCCUUCUCCCUGGGCAUGCCGUGGUUGUUCCCCUUCCUUCAAAUUCUCCCUUGUAUCACAGGGAAGGGGUUUCCCACAUCAUACAUGUUCUUGGGCCAAAUAUGAACCCACAAAGACCUAAUUGCCUUAAUGGUGACUAUGCUAAAGGCUGCAAAAUACUCAGUGAUGCUUAUACCUCACUUUUUGGUGGUUUUGUAUCUAUAUUGCAGAACCAGGCAAAGUCAGGAAAAAGUAGGGAAAACCUUGUAUCAGAUCAGUCAUUGCAAGAUAUGUCUCACGAUAUCCCUAGAAAUAUUUUGACAAAUGGUGAUCAGAAGAUCAAAAGAGAUGAUGAUUACAUGACUGAGAAAAGCAAAAAAUAUAAGGGAUCUCAGAAUGAAACCAGAGUCAAUAGUACUGGUUCUGGCUGUACAUAUGGAAAGAUAAGCAGAGACAACAGUAAGAUUGAUGGAAGCACUUCAAAGAGCUGGAACUCAUGGGCUCAAGCUCUUUACCACAUUGCUAUGCGUCCUGAGAGACAUAAGGAUGAGCUGCUGGAAAUAUCAGAAGAUGUUGUUGUGUUAAAUGAUCUCUAUCCAAAGCGGAGCAGUCAUUACUUUUUACAGGCACAAAAGCAUCUGCUUGUCUUGGCACGAUAUCCAGGUCUUGAUGGCCUUGCUGAUGUACAUGAAGAACACAUUCAGCUGUUAACGACAAUGCAUACUGUGGGCUUGAAAUGGGCUAAAAGAUUCUUGCAUGAGGACUCAUCAAUGAUUUUCCGCCUUGGAUAUCACUCUGUAUGCAGUACUUAUACUCAGUUGUUUACUCCUUCCAUGCGACAGCUUCACUUGCAUGUUAUCAGCCAGGACUUCAAUUCAAAUCAUCUUAAGAACAAGAAGCACUGGAACACUUUUAACACCGCCUUUUUUAGAGAUUCAGUUGAUGUAAUAGAAGAAGUUCAGAACCAUGGGAAAGCAAAUAUAAAAGAUGAUAACAGCUACUUAUCAAUGGAGUUGCGUUGUCACCGAUGUAGAAGUGCACACCCUAAUAUACCCAGGCUGAGAUCACAUAUUAGCAAUUGUCGAGCCCCCUUUCCAACCUUUCUACUUGAAAAAGAUCGGUUAUUGCUUCCACAAGAUAACACAAGUGAUUCCUAGGUGUCUAAGAACCACGGUUCACCAAAAUUUUGUUGUAUAUACUUUUAUUUUGUUUCUUGCCUCAAAAUAUAUAUAAAAGGAAUAGGGUAGAAUAAUCUGUGCUUGUGAAACAUCUACAGUUUUUCUUCCCAAUUUGCCUUUUCACAAUCAUUGAGAGGCAUAACAGUGGUUCAUUCUCUGGGCUUGAUGAUGUUUGGUAAUCUUUCCUCCCAGAAGCAUCAUUUCAGUCAGGUUACAUAUUAUUUACAUCAGAUGUGCAGUCGGAGGUUUCUGUUACACCGUCCAUAUGCAAUUGUGCUAGAUAAUUACAUACUCGGUCGGCACAUGCCUCUGUAUAUCAAUAUUUUUAUAAUACAUUUCAUGUGUUUUGUUAUGUAUUAAAGUAAAUAUAUAUAUUCGUAUUAAUUUUAUUUA